AUGAAACCGACAUCUUCGGUAUUCCCUCCCUCCAAGUCUCUUCCUCUCCUUCUCUCUCUAUCCCAGGACAAAUCCAAAUCCCGCUCCAAAUUCAGAUUCGAUUCGGAAUCGGAAUCGGAAUCGGAAUCUGAAUCCGAGCCCGAAUCUGAAUCUGAAUCUGAAACGGAAUCCGAGCCCGACCGUCCCUAUUCCUCAGAAGACACCGAAUCGAGCGAAUCGUCCUCUCCGCUCAUCUACUCGCACGUGAAAAGAAUGAACGAACCGCACGACAGCGCCGAGGAGGAAUCGGCCAUGUCGUGGAGCACGACGUCCUCCAGCCCUGAGAACGCUGUUUGCCUUGCGGAUUGAGUGUCAUCUAGCGCGCCGACCCUCCGUCGCUCCGCAACACGCGCGACCGCGUCACGGAAGCGCUCCACGGCAUGUUGGUUCGCUCUCCUCGCUGCCAUCUAGAAAGAAAGCGUCGGUCCUGCCUCCCCCCGUGCAGCUGCGCAUCGCGGCGCAGUCCAGCCGGAAGCGACGACGCUGGACGCAGGAGGAAGACGAGCUGCUGCGCGAGGGCGUGGAGAAGUGGGGCGAGGGGCGGUGGACGCUGAUCCGGACGCGGAUGGGGAUCGCGAGCCGCUCGCCGACGGACCUGAAGGAUCGCUGGCGCAACCUCAAGCGCGAUU